AUGAAGAUCUCUACGCAGAAAUUGAUGUGGUACUGGUGGAUGACACGUGGAAGACAUCAACAUUUUGCACCGCUAUCGAAAGUGGCUAAGGUAAAUCGUCUGCGCUUCUUUGGUCAUAUACUAAGGAGACCGGCAGAUCAACUUGUUCAACGAGUUGUGAGGAGUUUGCCGGGUUCAAGCUGGAAGAAGCCACCUGGCCGAAAACGGAAGAUCUGGACUGACACGGUGAAAGAGGACCUGAGGAAACUCGGCGUGGAUAGGCAGUUCAGGCGAGACGCAAGAUUUUGCAUAAUGUGGGAUAGCGAUGAGUGA